GUGAAUGCUCCAGAUGAUGGCGGUAUUCUGGCUGGGAACUGGUCUGGUGACUACACUGGAGGAACAUCCCCUCUUUCAUGGACUGGGUCAGUUCCUAUUCUGGAGGAGUUCUGGGCCAGCAAGACUCCUGUACGCUUUGGCCAGUGCUGGGUCUUCUGUGGGGUCUGCACUACGAUCAGCCGAGCGCUAGGCAUCCCUGCUCGCUGUAUAACAAACUUUGAAUCUGCCCAUGACACUGACGGCUCCAUCACAAUUGAUGUGCACUUCCAGGCCAAUGGAGAGUUGGAUGAUUUUUCCAAUGAUGACUCUGUCUGGAACUUCCACUGCUGGAACGAGGCAUGGAUGUCCAGACCUGACCUCCCUGCAGGCUAUGGAGGCUGGCAGGCCUUUGAUUCCACACCGCAAGAGACAUCUGAUGGUGUGUACUGUGGUGGCCCUACAUCUGUAUACGCCAUCCAGCUAGGAGAAGUGCAUCUGCCAUACGACAGCCCGUUUGUCUUUGCCGAGGUCAAUGCUGACAGGCUGUACUGGAAACCCGAUGAACGGGGUGUCAUGAAGUGCACUUACUAUGACAAGAAAGUGAUCGGAAAGAGUAUCAGCACCAAGGCAGCAAACUCCACCAGAAGAGAAGACGUCACAAAUAACUACAAGCAUCCAGAAGGAUCUCCGGAGGAAAGGGCAGCAGUGCUGAAAGCAAACCAAGUGGGAUCCACCAGGACUGACAUCUAUAAGAAAACUGUUGAUGAUGUCAAAUUUAAAGUUGUACAAGAUACUGAGAACACAUGGGUGGGUGCCAGUUUUGAUGUUGGUCUCAGCAUGAAGAAUAACAGUACCCAGACACGAACUGUCAAAGGACGAAUCUCCGUCAGCACCAUGUACUACACUGGCAUCAAUGCAGACAAGCUCAAGUCAGAGCCUUUCACUGUUGUUCUAAAACCGGGCACAGAGAAGGAACAGAAGGUGGUUGUCACCCAGGAUGAGUAUGACGGGAAAUUAAAGGACUGUUGCAUGCUGGAUGUUGCUAUCCUGGCCCAUGUUGAGGAGACUGAUCAGUAUUUUACAAUCAAGGAGAAUUACACACUCCGCAAGCCACAUCUUUCUGUCAAGGCUCCCGCCGAGGCUGUCGUGAACAAGGAGUUCAAGAUUGAUGUGUCAUUUACCAACCCUCUCACCAGCAGCCUGACAGAAUGUUCUGUGACAAUCGACGGAGUGGCUCCUGCAAUCAAAUUUCCGCAAGGAAGUGUGGCACCCUCCGGGACAUUCACAGCAACACUUCCCAUCACGCCCACCAAAGUGGGACGUCAAGAAGUUAUCUGCAUCUUCAACUCCAAGCAGCUUGAGGACAUCAAUACAUCCACUCCCAUCGUCAUCAAUGCUGCGUAA